CGAAGCCCGUUUAAAAGGGACGUGCGCUCUUACAGUCUCUUGAAAACUUAACUUAAACCUAUUGCGGGACACUAAGGAAUAAUCCAAUACAUCAGUUUAUUUUGCCAAUCGCAAUCAGAUGGCAGCUGCAACAAUGGGGAGUGGGCUGCAUAUGGAAGCCAUUGAUCGCAUAACAUCGAUUCCUUUGGUGGAGUCGAGCGUUAAGCGUGUCGAGCACAUCUACGACAAAGUCAAGAACAACAAUCGCCUCUUCAGUUGGUACUUUGAGACAGCCGAGGCGACAAUUAGUGCCGCCUACGACACGGUCCAGCCCGCUGUCAAGCUCUUCGAGUUGCCCAUCAAGCGACUGGACAACAUGAUGUGCAAGAGCCUGGAUAUACUGGAGCAGCGCAUACCGUUGGUCUAUCUGCCGCCCGAGAUGAUGUAUUGGAAUACCAAGGAGUACAUGUCGGAUCAUCUGGUGCGGCCCGUGCUCAAGCGUGCGGAUUCAGUCAAACAAAUUGGAAAUGCGGUGCUCGAGAGUCCUCUGACAACAUACGCAGCGGAUCGUAUUGAUGGCGCCUUCACAGCUGGCGACAAAUUCGUUGACAAAUAUCUGGUGCCCAUACGCAUAGACCAGGAUCAGACGGACGCCGCGCCGCAUGAUGAUGAUAACGAGCCGCCGGCAGGCGCAGCGUCCGACGAAAGGGGCGCCAUUAAAGCAAUUCAUCACGGUCAACGCUUCUCUCGCAAGCUCAAACGCCGCCUCACACAAAGAACCCUCGCCGAGGCGCGGGCCCUCAAGAAACAAAGCAAAGAAGCGAUCCAUGUGCUCAUCUAUGCGGCCGAGUUGAUUGCCACAGAUCCAAAGCAGGCGAUGCAAAAGGCCAAAGAAUUGUGGGGCUACUUGAGUGCGGACGAGCCGGAAAAUCAAGCCCGACCCGUGACCCUGGAACAGUUGAUCGUGCUGCUGACACGCGAGUCGGCCAGAAGAGUCGUCCACCUGGUCAACUUCAGCGCCAAUGUUGCCUCAAAUAUACCCAAACAUUUGGCACACACAACCACGGAGGUUGUGCAUCACAUAAUAUACAUAAACAAUCGCAUUAUCACCAUAUCUCGCCUGGAUAAGUUCAAGAGCAUAUCCAAAGAGGAAGCCGAAUCUCUGUUGAAGCGCAUGGUCGCCUUCUAUGGCAACCUGCAGGGGCUCACCAAUGGUUAUCUGGAACGUGUUGCGAGCUUUCUGUCCGGACGGAUCGAAGCCGAGAAGGUGACGGGCAGCGAGAGCAAUUCGGUUAGCAGAUCCUCGAGGCGACGACAGGAGGCAAACAAUUUCUCGCCGGCACAUAAUAAUAUAAAUGGCGUCUAUUGAGAAAUCGAGUUUUUUAUUGCUGUCGUAUUUUUGUUUCUAAUCAUAGAGUUUUGCUUUUGCUUUCAUAUUCGUACUAGCUAAACAGUUUUAUUUGUUACAUAG